CAAUCACGCUCUACCACGCUUGUAACGUUCCAGUGAAAGAGACUAAAAGCGUUUUGCAUGAAUUUCUUAUGAAUCCUGGCGAACUCGAGUCAGGGAAUAUAGUUGAUUCGACCGCUAUGAGUACGAAGUAUAACACCAACCGAGGAAAAUUCCUUAUCUGCUUUUUGGGAAUUUUUUUAUCGUAUUUUUACUACGGCGUAAUUCAAGAGAAAAUCACAAGAACCAAAUAUGGGGAAGAAAAAGAACCAUUUACUUAUGCUUUGUGCCUGGUGUUUGUGCAGUGUAUAAUCAAUGCUUUAUUUGCCAAGCUAGUUAUAAAAUUCACAUAUGACAAAAAAGAGGCAAAAGAUAGCACACCCUUCCUAUGGUAUGGGGCGUGUGCCGCGACCUACCUAGGCGCCAUGCUGGCCAGUAACAAGGCCCUACAGUGGGUUAAUUACCCAACACAGGUUUUAGGAAAGUCCUGCAAGCCAAUUCCAGUCAUGAUCCUUGGAGUUCUAUUUGCAAGAAAAAGAUACCCACUCAUCAAAUAUUUAUGUGUAUUUCUGAUUGUGAUUGGAGUGGCACUAUUUAUGUAUAAAGAUAAACCUAAAACUUCAAACACUGAAGAGCACAGUUUAUUUGGGUUUGGUGAAAUUCUGCUGAUUGUCUCUCUGACGUUUGAUGGUCUUACUGGAGCAGUUCAAGAUCGAAUGCGGGCCGAACACCACGUACAAUCACACUUCAUGAUGUUCAACAUGAACCUCUGGUCUAUUGGAAUAAUGGGAUUAACUGUAAUAACGACUGGCGAGCUCUUCCGAUUUGCUGUUUUCUGUGAGAAGUUCCCAUUUGUCAUGGCAAACGUGCUUACAUUCAGCUGCGCAAGCGCUGUAGGACAGAAUUUUAUCUUCAUGACCGUCGCUAACUUUGGUCCCCUGGCCUGCUCUAUCGUCACUACAACUCGCAAAUUCUUCACCAUCCUCGGCUCAGUCCUUCUCUUUGGUCACGCGCUGUCAAUCAGACAGUGGGUGGGCGUGGUCUGCGUGUUUGUCGGCCUCGGCGCAGACAGCAUCCUCAGCAAAUCGAAGAAAAAAUAAAUGAUAUUGUGAAUGUUAUAAUAAAGAUACCGAAUGCAUUGAA